AUGAAGCUAUCAAUCAUUGCUCUGUUCGCUCUUCCUUUUGCCAAAGCCAGUGGUGUUCUCACGUCCUCUACCCAUCGAUCAUUGGCUUCAACCAACCUUGACCAACUUGGAUCAGCCAUCUUUGGCACAACCUCAAACCUCCUGACUGGACGUGGCAAUGUCAAAUUCGGAAGCUCCGUAUUCCUGUCAUCAUCUGAUGGAAGCAACCUCCUUGUCGGGGCUAUUGAGAAUGACUUUGAUGCUGAUGGAGUCCAAGCAGUGAACUCUGGUGCAGUCUUCCUGUAUGAACUCAAUGAUCAACACGAGUGGGACUCUACUCCAACCUGGUCCCUUCAUGGUGCAGCUACUGAAGAAGUAGGAGAAUUUAUCUCUCUCAGCAAUGAUGCUUCAAUGGUGGCUGUCCGUCGCUACAACUCUGUCCCGCAUCCUGUGGAAAUCUACAACCCAUCAACUGGCAAUCUCAUACGUGUCCAGUUCUUUGACUUGGUUGGUGAUGCCUGGAUCACCAAUGGCGAACUCAAUGGCUCUGCUGCUGGAGAUCAGUUUGGCUUCAUCUUUUCUUUCUCCGGAGAUGGCAACCGCAUUGCAAUAGGGUCUCCCAACCAUGAUACUGCAGGCAACAAUGCUGGACUCGUUCAAGUCUUUGGCUACGAUGGUGCUGUCUGGUCUCAAGUUGGCCAAGAUGCCUUUGGCUUGGGUGACAAUCACCAGUUUGGAUUCGCCCUUGAUCUUUCCCAUGAUGGCACCACUCUUGUUGUCUCUGCUCCCGCCGCUUCCUCUGCUGCAGGUGAUCUUGCUGGUCAGGUUGAGACCCUCACUUACAACACAGCUUCUGAUGAGUGGGUCCGUGGCCAGUUUGCUGAGGGUGGAGUCAUUGCUGGAGACCCAUCAGAUCGAUUUGGACGCUCCAUCUCUGUCUCUUCCGAUGGAUCUCGCUUCAUUGCCUCCUCUUGGACCAACAGCCAAUCUCGAGGGAAGGUGGAGCUCUACGAAUUGCAGGAUGGCCAGUGGACUGAGAUUGCAAGUGCCACAGGAAACAAUGUCGGGGAUCGCCUUGGUUUUGGACGCUCUGGAGUCUACUUGACACCUGAUGGCACCACACUGGGUGCUGGCGAAGCUUGGACCAAUGAUCCUGCAAUUGAUCCCGCCCAGAACAACCCCUCCACAGGCCGUGUUUUGGUCUUUGAGACUCAGGUUGGAACUACUACCACUGAUGCUCCAACAACUUCCAUCCCCAGUGCAUCUCCCAGUGCAUCACCCACUGCGUCUCCCAGCGCCUCUCCCACAGCAUCACCCACAGGCAACCCCACUGCCUCUCCCACGAACACCCCCAUUUCUAGUCCUUCAAAGUCCCCUUCCCUGGCUCCCAUCACAGACAGUCCUACUGGUGGUACAGCAGAAACUGAGUCACCUUCUGCAGCCCCCAUCACAGGCUCUCCCACAACUGGUAGCCCAACAAGUGCUACUCCCACUGGUUCCAAUACUGGUAGCCCCACCGGUUCCCCUACAGGCUCGCCCACCACUUCCCCCACCGCUUCCCCUACCGGCUUGCCCACAGGGAGCCCCACCUGGUGA